AUGUGCUCUUUAUCCAUCUCUUGCAGAGGAUUACUCCUUCCCCCAGCAGCGAUGGGUUCGGUGAUGUUGGACUGGAGGUUAUCGUGUCUUCUUCUGCAGGCAGCUGUGCUGCUGCUGCUCAGCAAGGGGGAGAGGAUGUGCCCCUCGAGUUGUCGCUGUGAAGGAAAGAUUGUUUAUUGCGAGUCUGGCAUCUUCCAAGACAUCCCAGAAAACGUCACCACGGGCUGCCAAGGUCUUUCUCUGCGUUACAACAAUCUGCUGGUCCUGCUGCCGUACCAAUUCGCCCACCUCAACCAGCUCAUUUGGCUUUAUUUGGACCACAACUCCAUCAAUGCAAUAGACGCGUUAGCCUUUCAUGGUGUGCGCAGGCUCAAGGAGCUGAUCCUCAGCUCCAACAAAAUAAGCCACCUGCACAAUAAAACGUUCAGCGCCAUACCAAACCUGCGAAAUCUGGACUUAUCCUACAAUCAACUGCAGUCACUGCAACCAGAGCAUUUUUAUGGUCUGCGUAAGCUACAGAAUCUUCACCUUCGAUCCAAUGGACUGAAACAGAUCCUCAUUCGAUCGUUUCUGGAAUGCCGCAAUCUGGAGUUUCUAGACUUGGGUUAUAAUCGUUUGCGAAGCCUCACCCGUACAACGUUCUUAGGUCUGUUCAAGUUAAAAGAGCUUCAUUUGGAGCACAACCAAUUUUCCAGGAUGAAUGUCUUUAUUUUCCCACGCCUUACCAACCUCCAAACUCUCUAUUUGCAAUGGAACCGUAUACGAUCCAUCAACCAAGGCGUCCCCUGGACCUGGCAUACAUUGCAGAAAUUGGACCUGUCAGGAAAUGAAAUCCAAAUCUUGGAUCCAGCAGUUUUCCGGUGUAUGCCAAACUUACAAAUACUCAAUCUGGAAUCAAACAAGCUGAGUAGUGUGCCCGAGGAAGCUGUGGCCGCGUGGACCUCCCUGACCACCAUCAGUCUGGCUGGUAACUCCUGGGACUGCAGCCCCGGCAUCUGCCCUCUCAUGGCAUGGCUCAAAACCUUCAGAGACUCAAAAGAUAUCAGCAUGAUAUGCAGCAGUCCCAAGUCUGUGCAGGGAGAAAGAGUCUUGGAUGCCCUGAGAAACCUCUCGACAUGUGUGGACGUUUCGGGUGUGUUUACAACCACAGCUCUCAUCAUCCUGACUUCUGCCCAGGUCGUGAACGCCACAACUCACCCCUCUCCCUCUGGUGUUACAGAUCUGACUCGUACUGAGUCACCGGCACAGAGAUUAACUCCUUCACCUGUCCCCCAAGGCUGGACGGCCAGAAAGACAACCACGGGGCUCACGAGGUCUACAUCAAACACCCCCCCUGAGCCCCUAACAUCAUCCGUCCCAGAGCUACAGUUUGAACAUAUGGCUUUCCACAAAAUCAUUGCAGGCAGCGUAGCGCUGUUCCUGUCAGUGUCAUUGAUCCUCCUGGUUAUUUAUGUGUCAUGGAGGCGCUACCCCAACACCAUGAGGCAGCUGCAGCAGCACUCAGUCAACCAUAAGCGCAGGAAAAAGGCCCGAAAGCAGGAGCAGGAUCUUAACUCUCAGCUGCAAGAGUACUACCUGAGCUACCAUUCAAACUCAGAGACUAUGGACUCUUUGGUGAACGAGACAAGGCCUUGCACAUGCACCAUAUCAGGAUCCAUCGAAUGUGAGGUCUGA